AUGGGUCAGAGCGUGUCUUGGUUUAGCAACUUGCUUUUCGCGAAAAAAGAAAUCAGAAUCCUGAUAUUGGGACUGGACAAUGCUGGAAAGACGACACUCCUAUACAGACUCAAGAUCGGCGAGGUAGUAACAACGAUACCGACUAUCGGCUUCAAUGUCGAAUCGGUUACAUACAGAAACCUCAACUUCAACGUGUGGGAUCUUGGCGGCCAGACUAGCAUCAGGCCGUACUGGAGAUGUUACUAUGCCAACACGGCGGCGGUGAUCUUCGUUGUCGACUCGACUGAUAUCGAACGCCUGCAGACGGCGGCGGACGAGUUAGCAGCCAUGCUGAAUGAGGAAGAGCUGAAGGACGCGGCGCUGCUCGUCUUUGCGAACAAGCAAGACCAGCCCGGCGCAAAGGGCGCGGGAGACAUAUCACAGGCGCUCCGUCUCGGAGAGUUGAGGGACAGGAACUGGAGUAUUAUGGCUUGCAGUGCCGUAGACGGCUCUGGGGUUACGGAGGGGAUGGACUGGCUGGUGUCGACGGUAGCACAGGAAUAA